AUGUUUUUAGUUAUUGUGCGCGCCGUACAAAGUGUCCGUUACUAUCGGGCUGCGAGGAUGAACAAGCUAUUGCAGUCUAUUUCUGACAAGUUGAAACAUUUGGAAUCAAUUGCAACACCAGAUGCAGUAAACUAUGUUGAAUCAUGCCUCAAAGUACAGAAUAAACAGUUGUUGCACAGGAUAAAGUCGUUAAAAGAUUCAGUUAUUCAGCAGGAGCUACUUCUUGGAUUAAAUCAACAACAACUUCAUCAUUUACCCUCUGUUAAGGCUGUAUCCAAUGAUUCUAAUUUGAAUGGAAAUUCACUGGAAAUCGGACAGUUGUCCGAUAAAGGAUUAGUGCCGGAAGCAGAGCAACCCAAACAGAGGACAGAGGUACAAACGGACUCGGUGAAAACUAAAAAUCGAAAUACCGAACGUAAAAUACCAGAUGGAAAACCACAAUCUGCUGAAAAGCCUGUUGAUAUUGGUCGUCUGGAUCUGCGUGUCGGUCGAAUUAUAGAUGUAAAUCGCCAUCCUGAUGCUGACUCGUUAUACGUAGAGAAAGUUGACUUGGGUGGGAAUGAAAUACGCACUGUUGUCAGUGGGUUGGUGAAAUAUCUACCUAUCGAGUCACUACAAAACCGAGUCGGGAUAUUUCUCUGCAAUCUCAAGCCAGCAAAAAUGCGUGGUGUUGAAUCGGAAGCAAUGCUAAUGUGUGCAAGCUCACCAGAUACAUGUGGAGUAGAGCCUCUGAUUGUUGAGGGCCCAGAUAUACAGUUAGGUGAUUCAGUUGUGGUUCCUGGAUAUAAUCACGAUCCUGAUGACCAACUUAAUCCCAAAAAGAAAAUUUUUGAACAGGUGAAACCAGAUCUUAGAGUAAAUGAAAACGGGAUAGCUAUGUAUAAAAAUGUUUCAUGGACAUUAAAAGGGUCUUCUCUUGCUGUGAUUAAAUCACUCAGGAUCAAAGACGCUCAAAUAGCUUAGUUGCUAACUAUACCCUUUUUAAAAUAUGCUUAUAAUUAUAUGUAAUGUUUUCGGG